AUGGACAGUAUACGAUUAAAUGAAAAUAUUGUAUUAUUAAUAUCAGGUGGAUUAACUGGUUUUUCUGGGUUACUAACACUCAUUGCAAUCAGUACUAAGGGAUGGGGUGGUGUGGGUGUAACUAACUUCGGGCCGGCAGCCGGUUUAUCUAUCAUUUCAUUUCUUUUACUUUGUGCUAUUACUGCAAUAUUGGUGGUAUUGGCACUUAAAACAUUGCCAAAUAUUGUUAAGUACGUGCUAUUUAUUUUAUCAUAUAUAGCAUCCAUAUUCAUGUUAGGGGCUUAUGGAAGUCUUUUUCAUGCCACGGUCAAUUACAGCGCUUCAUUACUGGUAACAGCUCAAUUUUUUUGUUAUACGGCAACAUUGCUAAUUGCGUUCUGGCUUGGUGGUGGACUUGGAAGUGAUAUAAUCGUUAGAGGAUCGUCAACUAACUUCAAAGCUACCGACCAUUCAGCAUCGGCACCACCUAUGUGA